CGCUCCAAUCCGCCUCGCUCGUUUCCCACACACAUCGUUCUACUCGCCAGUCAACUCUCCCUUGACAUUCUUUGUCAAUCACCGCUAUAAUGUCCGCAGAAAUGGAAGUCGAUCCCCCAAUCUCGCAAGAGCUGGGCCCUGAAGAGCAGACUGGCAAUGGUAGCUUUGACCCACGAACACAGGCUGGGGCGGUUGCCGUGCGAAGUAUCGAAGGUUGGAUUGUGAUCGUGACCAACAUCCACGAGGAAGCCUCUGAGGAGGACGUGACGGAUCUUUUCGCAGAGUAUGGUGAGAUCAAGAACUUCAGCUUGAACCUGGAUCGCCGAACAGGUUAUGUGAAGGGAUAUGCAUUGAUCGAGUAUUCCACCCUCCCCGAAGCCUCUGAAGCCAUCAAAGCCUUGAACGGAUCCAAAUUGCUCGACCAGACAAUCCAGGUCGACUACGCAUUCGUUCGACCACCUCCUUCCAACAAAGGAAAAGCCGCAGGACAGAGAGGCGGCCGUGGUGCUGCUGGCAGAAACCGCAGCAGGAGCCGUGAUCGGAGUCGCAGCCCUGGUGCUGACGGUGAACGGGAUUAAGCUACAUUCAUGACUUGACGGAUCUGCGUUCUCUAUCCAAUAGACGCCAUUGUGAUAUUGGAUUGAAAUUUGUGUCAUUUUGUUUUCAUUUCUGUCUCUUCAGCGUUUCUGCCUUUCAUAUCUUGUCUUGUCCUCACAUGAUUUACAUUUGGCAGUUGGGGACAUGAAAAUGUUGGUUGUGACUCGACACCUCUAGACCUGCUCGAUGGGUACCAUGCGAAGGAUCGAAGCGCUUGCAGCCGGCAGUAUCUCUGGUCAUGAUCUGUGCAAGGCGUCUACCCGAUGUUUGUGCGGAUGACAGUACGGGAGAAUAUUUGUCGGCGUCGUGAUUAAUGAACGGUGUGGUAUGAUCCUCUCCCCCAUGUCAUUCAUUGCAUUACCAGUCUUUUACUGAUACAGGGAAUAGAAAAGCACCGAUGUCUGA